AUGAAAGCAGCAACAGUUGUACCUACAACAGAAAUCAGUCAAACUAAUCGAGUAACAGUCAGUUUUCAAAACCUAACUUAUUAAGUGUCUAUAAAGAAUCCUAAGGGAGUGUCAGAAUAAAGAACAAUCCUAAACAAGAUAUCGGGAAUUUGCCAUCCAGGUGAAGUAACAGCCAUUUUGGGUGCAUCUGGAGCAGGGAAGACCUCGCUAUUGAAUAUCUUGGCAAAAAGAAUCUCUUUGUCAAGGAAUGUUUAAUUGCUGGGUGAAAUAUCGGCUAAUGGAUAACCUUACAACAGUGAUUAAUUUGCUUAGUUUUCAUCCUAUGUGAUGCAAAAUGAUGUUCUAUUCGGAACAUUAACUGUUAGGGAAACGUUUGAGUUUGUAGCCAAUUUGAAGUAUGCAGAUCCGCAGUAGAAAGUAGAUAAAGUGGAAUAUGCAAUUAAGACAUUAAAAUUAGAGCGUUGUUAAAAUACAUUAAUUGGUAAUGCUCUUAUAAAAGGUAUAUCUGGAGGAGAGAGGAAAAGAACAUCAAUCGGAGUAGAAUUGGUCAGUGAUCCGUACUGUAUCAUGUUAGACGAACCAACUUCUGGAUUGGAUUCGUUUACAGCCUUUGUUAUAAUUAAUCUGCUCAAAAAACUAGCCCAAAGCUCAGGUAGAACAAUCAUUUUUACAAUUCAUUAACCAAGUGCAGACAUUUAUACUUUGUUCGAUUAAGUUAUGCUUCUGGUGCAAGGCAAAUUUAUUUAUCAGGGAAGGAGAGAUUAAAUGGUUGAUUAUUUUAAAGGCAUUGGAUUUGAGUGUCCCGCUCAUUCUAAUCCUCUAGAUUAUUUGAUGAGUGUGAUGCAUCAUGAAGAUUCUAAUCAUCCUCAUUAUCAAACAUUGUUCACUCACUACAAUAAUUAAUUUGAAAAUUAGAUUUUAAGUCAGAUCUAGGCAGUUAAGAAAGAAGCAAUACAAAGAUAAACAAUCUAAACUACUUUUGCAUUUCAAGUUAAGGAAAUCUUUAGAAGAGGAAUGAUUAAUAUGAAAAGAGACAAAGUGUUAGUUAGAGGUAGAGUAGUGAUGACCAUCUUUAUUGGAUUAUUAAUUGGAGGAAUAUUUUGGACUGCUGGCAGUGAGCCUGGAUAUAAAGGAAUAUAGAGUACUAUAGGAGUUUUGUUCUUUUUGGUUAUGAGCAGUUUUAUGGGAGCAUUGAACCCAGUUAUUAUUUAAUUUCCAGAUGAGAGAGAAGUUUUCUUAAGAGAAGAGAAUUCUAAACUCUAUACUACUGCUGCUUAUUUUACUGGCAAAAGUUCCGUUGAAAUUCCUUUUCUAAUAUUAUUUCCAAUAAUCCAAUAAUUAAUCUGUUAUUGGAUGGUAGACUUGAAUGAUAAAUCAGGUGAUAUUGUAAUAAUUAACAUUGUUAUCUGCAUUCUCCUUGGUUUGAGUGGAAAUAGUUUUGGAUUAAUGGCAGGAUGCAUGUUUACCGAUGUGAAAGCUGCCUCAGGUUUUCUGCCUGUUGUUUUAAUGCCUUUGGUCAUUUUCUCUGGAUUUUAUGCUAAUCAAUCCUUAUAUAUGGAUUGGAUUGGUUGGGUUUAGUACAUAAGUCCAAUGAAAUAUGCAUUUGAAGCCUUAGUUUGGAAUGAAUUUGAUUCAAGAAGUGAUGAGUUUCUUGGUACAACAAUUUAGAACAGUAGCCCUAUUGAUACAUAUGACUUAACUCUAGGUCUCUGGAAAUGUUUAGUUAUUUUAGUGGCUAUAAUUCUGUUUUUCAGAAUGAUGGCUAUGAUGUUUUUAUACUUAUUGAGAUAGAAACAACAAUGA